AGAACUCCCAGAUAACAGUCUGGCUGACGGAAACUCUCUAGCCUGUGUUAGAUUGGGGACAGUGAGAAGAGCCUUGCAGCUGACUGUGCUGGUCUUUGAAGCAGAAAAGCCACAGUAUGAACUCUGUAGCACUUUUCGCACAAGGAUAGCGGAUUCUUGCAAAUGCAUCUCAAACAAAUUAUCUCCAGAGGAAAAAACUUUUGUCUGCUUAUGACGGUGUCUUUUAUCUUUUAAUCCCUCCCCUUUCAAUCCCUGCAUUCUCUUUAUCCUUUCACCUUUUUCCACUUGUUAUUUUUUAUCUUGAGCUCUUUAUUCUCUCUCAUUCAAGCACCUCCUCCCUUUUACGUUUUUCCUCUUAGUUCUUCCUAUGACACGCAAUUUAAAUUCAGAACAUUAUUGUAAUUAUAAACUAAAAUAACUGUUUUGCUACCAGCUAUGUGAGACCACAAGGCAGCCAGAAUCACAUUGGCUCAGUUAUUUCCUUUUAUUCCUCCCGUCUGUCCAUUUCUCUCUGUGAAGGAAAGUUGGAUGUAUCACGUGAGUUCAUAAACUGGAGCAACUCUUCCUUUGGGAUAUGGAAGAGAACAGAAUCUUACAGAUGUAUUUUCAGCAGCAGUUGUUAUGAAGCAACACUGAAAUGAUUGCUAUGGCGUCUAUUCCUUCAGUUUUCAAGAAAGAAAAAAACAGAAAACCAAUGAUAUGGCCAGCAGAUACCUCAGAGGACUCUUACAAACUAGGGGCACGGUUUUGGGAUGAGACACCAAAAUGGGGGGACGCCCCUAGUUUUUCAUUUGAUUACUACGACAAGGAGCCUCACUCAGUGAUUGGAACAGCUCCACAUCAGCAAGGUUUGGAGACCAUAGCUUCUAGUGGCUUAAAACCGAUAAGACGUUUCUUCCCUAGUUCUUGGAAAAAUGUAUUUCGGAAGAGCAGAACCAAGGAAAAGCCUUUUACGUUAAAGGCUUCUGAAGGUUUGCAAUGCUCCCCACCUGUUACACCCCUCCUUGAUGACAGUAGAGACACAAGUUUUGAGGAUAGAAAUGAUGUUCACACUAGGACAUUGAGCAGCCUAGAAAAGAACCAGGUGAUAGAAGCCAAGAAAUCCCCAGGUUUCUUGGAGAAGAAAAGCCACCAUUCAUCAAACUAUGGAGAAAAGGUAGAAGCAUACAACCUAAAAUAUUCCUACAUGAAGUCAUGGCCUGGUUUACUCAGGAUCCUGGCAGGAGUACAGUUGCUUUUGGGUGGGAUGGUAUUUGCCUGUACUUGUGCCUAUAUCCAGAAGGACUACCAAUGGUAUAACCUUUUUGGCACACAACUCCAAAGAACAUUGCCUGGUGGCUACAGCUACUAUGGCCCAAUGACUCCAUUUGUGAUAGUUGUGGCAAGUCUGGUAUUGCUAACCACCUUGAUUAUGCUGGGGUUGGGCCUGACCAUGUACUAUCGGACUAUCCUUUUAGACUCCCACUGGUGGCCUCUCACAGAAUUUGCCAUCAACAUCAUCAUGUUUCUACUGUACAUGGCAGCUGGUAUUGCUUAUGUCAAUGACAUCAAUCGUGGGGGCCUCUGCUACUCUGUGUUUGCUGUCAACCCAUUGAUGGUGGCCUUUUGUAGGGUGGAAGGGGGGCAGGUGGCUGCAAUAGCUUUUCUUUUCUUCAAUAUGUUUCUGUACUUGGUCAGCUCCUUGGUGUGUCUCAAAAUGUGGAGGCAUGAGGAGAGACGCAGGCAAGCAAGGAAGGCCCAGAGAAUACACAAGCCCAAGAGGAUAAUGUUCGAGGAUGAGGUUCAGCAUCUGGGUGAUAUGAAAAGCAAAGUCAUCAAGACGAUCCAUUUCUCAGAGAAGGGCAGUGACAGUGGAGCUCUAAACUACUCUAUCCCCACAGGGCACAGACCCAAACCUUAUGUGGUAGCAGAUUAUGUACUGAAAUAUCCAGAGAUUAUGAAUCUUGAAGAGAAAGAAAGAUACAAGGCUGUUUUCAACGAUCAGUAUGCUGAGUAUAAAGAACUGCAUCGAGAGGUGAGAGCUGCAAUGCUGAAGUUUAAAGAGUUAGACGCCAUGAUGAUCAAACUAAAAAGUGGACCUCAGAGCCAGAAGGCACCAGAGAGGAUUAAAGCCAUCACUGAAAAAUAUGAGCAGAAGAAGAAUAAUCCAGCAUUUAAGGAGAAACAAGAACGCUGCAGAUAUUUAAAGGAGAAACUAACCCACAUCAAACAACAGAUCCAGGCAUUUGAUCAAAAGGACGGCUCAGUGUACUUCUGAAAAUUGCCUCUGUGCAUAUAAAACUAUUGGAAAAUCUAGCAAGCCCAUAGGUUCAUGGGUGUUCCUUAUGACUCCAUAAACCGGCUCCAAAGUAUUAUAUAUUUGUGAUCAUUAUAGCAUAUAUUUAUAUAUAUUGUAUGUAUGUAUUACGAUUACCCAAUUAGUACAUUGCAUUUGUAAUUUUAUAAUGAUGCACUUAGUAGAUUCAAUAACUCUAGUGAUUUUAUGUUUACUUGAUUCUGUAUUACAAAAUGAAAUGUGAAAUAUUUUCUCUUCAAAUAAUUUGUGGACUUCUACAUUUGGGUAUCAUCAUCAUUCUAUCUAUUUAUUAACAUUGGUCAUAACUUCCUUUCCGAUAAUAUUAAAGAAACUUCCGGACUAGUUAGGUCAAUAAAUUAUUUCCAGGAAGAGGAAAUUAAAAAAAUUAUAUUCUCCCUUACCAUUAUGCUUUAAUAAAACUAAAGGCCUGGUGAUUAAAAAAGCAUCCCAGCAUGGAGAGAACUCAUGCAAACUCUUUGGGGGCUUUUUUUUAGCAUUAUAUUGCACAUACCUCUCCUUUAUAUAAAGAACUCUGCAUAGCGAGAUAAACAGCUCUCAAGAUAAAAUUUGCCUUUCUAAAAUUCUUUGAGGGACCUCUUGUCUUAGAUCAGUGCUUCUAAACCUCGGUCCUCAAGUACACCUAACAGGCCAGGUUUUCAUUAUACCUGAACUAGAGCACAGGUGAAAUAAUCAGCUCAUCAGUAACCAUGGUUACUAACCUACUCUCAACCAUCAGCUGAUUAUUUCACCUGUACUCUAGUUCAACUAUAAUGAAAACCUGGCCUGUUAGGUGUAUUUGAGGUCCGCGGUUGAGAAACACUGUCUUAGAUCAACUUGCAAUAGAAGAAGGCUUUAGAUCAUUGAACUCUAAGUCUCUCCCUAUCUCAUCUGUAGUCUUUACAUCUCAUUAGUUUCUUUUAGAUUCUGAGAAGAGCUUAAAGAGUGCCUGGAAUCCGGUUUCCUAAGUUCCUUCAGCUGUACCUUUCUCUCUGAUGAAUGUAUUCUGUUUACACUGCUGCAAAUAAAUUAUAUCUAUAAAGUAA